AUUAAUUUAUUGUGCAAACGCUAAAAUAGAAGUGUUUAAAUCUCAUCUAGAGUAACUCAGUUUAUUGAUCUGUGAUAAGCCACCUCGCCCACCUCGCGCGAUGGCGAUGUGGCCGCGUCUAGGGCGCGGACCGGCAACCUCGCAUAUUAUCGCUUCCUCUCGCUCAGUAUCGCAUCGACGUCGCUUGAGGAGGCCGUGUUUCGCUCCCUCUAAUAACAUGACUAAAAUGAGCAGUAGACAAUAUAGAGAAAAGUUAAUUGACGAAGUGAAAAAAUACCCAGUUCUAUACGACACAAGACAUGAAAAUCACAGAGAUAUCGAUAUUAGGGAUCGUUGCUGGUUAAAAAUAUCAGAAAAGCUCGGUGCGAACAGUGAAGUCUUGAAACGGGAAUGGAAGAUCCUGCGGGACUCGAUGAGGCAGGCACUGAAGAGGACUAAACGUGGGGUGACCACGAAGGCCGGGGUGCCUUGCAAGAAGUGGCGUUUUGAGAGCCGAAUGGCGUUCAUCCUACCUUACAUGACAAUGAGAAGAAACCAAAGACUAGUAAAGGACAACGACAUUGACGUCAAGAUGGACGAAAUGGAGGAAACUGCGCACCAAUCAGAGGAGGAAUCAGAAGUGUGGGAUCAGGGGCACUCGGGGGCAGAUCAAGACUCCUUAGAUCUAUUCUUCGCUAGCGUAUGCCAAAGCAGUAAACGUUUACCAAAGAAAUUCCAGAAUUCUAUCAAGAGGCAAGUACUGGACGUGCUAUUGAGAGUGGAGGAAGAAUUUGAAAGCGAACAAGUUACCACAAAACUGGGAGACCAAAAAAAUUUUUAAACGACUCCCCUUCCCCCUUUUCUCCCAACACUGAAUGGGGAAACAGAAUGGGUCGCUCCACAAGCCGAUUAAAGGGUCGGAGACUCGGAGAGUGUUAAUUUAAACGGUGCGACUGAACACCCCGGCAACUCAAUUAAGAGAUGAUUUAUUUGUAUAUUUUGAUUUACGAGAAAAAUCUACUUACUUAAGUAAUUUAUUAUUGUACUUUAUAAAAGUUUUCGAAGCGCGAGAUUCAAGUCGUGAAAGGAUUAAGGGAUGUCUAGUACUUAUUCAUUUGUGAAUAAAUGUGAGGAGGAGAACUGUAUCGACUUUAUUUACUUUUUGUUCAACAAAACAUUAAUAGUCGUAAUGUGAUGUAUGAACACAGGUAUAGAUAA